GUUCAUGGACCGCGACAUCCAACCACCUCUGCUCCCGAACGUGCUAUAUACUCCAUACUACUGCGAAGAGAACAUAUUUCUUUUGGCGGAACAUUUUCUUCGGCAGGAUCUUGUCCCACUCACCUGGGAUGUUUAUGUCGUAUUUAUUUCCAAUCACACACAGACGGUGGCAGUCUGGAAUCAACGCGUAUCCCCAUCGCCAGAGCUUCCCAUAGUCUGGGACUACCACGUCGUCCUUGUCCUGAAAAGUCGGCGGACCAAAAUCUCUAGCUCUGCCAACCUUGAUGGUCAAACUUGGGUUUAUGAUUUGGACACGUUACUGAAUGUCCCGUGUUCUUGGAAAGAAUACACUGACAAGACGUUUCUGGACGAGGAUUCAAUUCUGCCGCGAUAUCACAGCCUGUUCAGGGUCAUUCCUGCAAAGGGUUUCUUGGACCACUUUGCCUCGGACAGAUCGCACAUGCUAAAGACGAACUCCUCGGAAGUCCCACCUUGUUAUCACCACUGCCCUCCUGCCUACCCAGCUUUGCGUGGACCGAAGGCUGUGGAAGGUGGGGUUGUGAAUAAUUUGAUGAGCCACUUUGUCUCGAUGGCACCAUCGCUGGGGGUGUACGGGACGGUCAUGAACUUAGACGAAUUCGUACGAUGGUGCCUUGAAACACCGUUAAUUACAUUUGAUUAGUCCACAGUCAACUUGUCCAUACCUUGCUCAAGUUACGUUUAC